GAUACUGGGGAGCUUGUAGCAACUCCGCGGUGCAAUCGGCAGGGGACGUUCUGGCGAGAGCCCAAGAAACCGUGGCCCAGGGAGCGCAGCUCGCAAAGGUAGUCGGGGAUGCCAUUGCGACAAAGGCUGCUUUUGGCAGCGAGGUUGCCAAAGAGGUUGUCAAAGUUGGUCCUUUGGUUGCAGGCCUUGCCACCGAAGCCUGGGACCAAAUCAAGAGUUUCAUCGACUGCAUGACAGAGUCAACGACUUUGUGUCACAUCCUGAUCGGGGAGCACUGGGACGAGUACAUGCAGGCCUACAAGAUGGCUAGUCAGGUCAUGAAGUCGCGAGAUGCCUUGAAGCCGAGGAAGGCGAAAGCACCCGCGGGCUCCUGCGAGACAGGCCUGGAGGUCGCCGUGGACGUUGCAUCGCAGUUCACGCCGGACAUCGCGGUGAAAACGGGGUUCAACGGCGACACCGAGAUCAGCAUCGCAGGCACGGUUCGGGCCUCCAUCCAUGCCCUUGUGGAGGGGGAAGGAAGCUGUUCCUUCCGCGCCGAGAGGGGCCUCCCGAAGGUGCCCAAGACCAAAGUCGUCUGCGCAAGGUUCUUGGCCGAACUUGAGGUCAAGGGUACCCUAACGGGCACCAUCGAGACCUCGGCGGAUGUGGACUACGAGAUCAAGGGCACGGUGGUUGUCAAACCCAACGGCCAGGCCGAGUCGAGUUUCGAGAGCCCUACGAUCAAGCAUCAGGAUGGUUUUGCCAUCGGCGCGAGUGCGUCCACCUCCGUGCGUGUCGGCAUGGGGCCUGUCUUCACCGUUUGGCCGGUGCCGGUGCCGGGCAUUCCCAUCAACUUCAAUGCCAUGAUCAACGCGGAGGCCAAGGCUCUGGGCACGUUGCAGUUCGGCUCCGGCAUGUUCCUGCUCCAGGAGGACCAGCAAUUCGUCCCAGACUAUCAGCAAGUAGUGGAGAAAAUUGGUGAUGUUGUGGAGGAAAGAAUGCAGGCAGAACGUCAAGCCACAACCAUCGAGAUGUGUGGUGCGGCGUCGCUGUCGGCCUUCGCUGACAUCGACAUUACCGCCUUCGCUCUGCCGAGCAGCUUCCGGGCUGUGCUCAACAGCGACCUGAUCGUUGCAGAGAUCCAAAAAGCAAUGGCAAAGGGUGCGACGGCCCUGAUCCAGCUGAUCAGCGGUCCGCUGCGGUGCAUUCCGGGCGGAGACGCGGUUUCAGGCACCAUCGAGACCGUGGCCGAAACGGCGUCCGACACAAUCACGAGCCUGAUCCCCGCUCUCGACCUGGACUUUACGGUGAAGUCCAUCCAGCUGCUGGAACCCCAGAAGCUUUGGUGCAAGGAGAUCUACAAGACGCCAGGUUUCGAUCAGGCUCCGUGCGCGGCCACCUUGGGAUGUAAGUUCGCAGGCCGUCCACCCUUGCGGGAUGUUGAGUCACCGCCGCCGGAGCAGGUGACGAAUCAGCUGAACGCCGCCGACAGUGCACCAUCGUGCUCGAGUGCGGAAUCCUCUGUGAAGAUGGGAGAUCGAUUCAUUCAGAUUGGUACCUUUCGCCUAGGUGCUGUUGAUGACGAUCACUUCUCCGUCUCGCACGAGUCCGGAUGGACCGCGCAGAUCUACAGGAGCGAUGGCACCGCGCAUUGCAGAAAUGAUCAUCGUCGUCAAGAUUAUGGCACGUGGGACAGGCCCGUUGAAAAUUCGCGUGGGAUUUCCUUCGGCUUCCAGUACAUCCAAAUCGGCAAGUUCCGACUUGGUGCCAUUGACGAGCACCACAUGUCGCUUUCGCAUGAGAACGGUGUCACGAUCAUCAUCUUCCGCAGUGACCGCCAUCGUUUUAUCGGCAAUCAGAGCGACUGGGGUGCUUUCGACCGUGGUGAGGCCGCCCUUCGGCGUGGCAUAUGGCGAUAG